AUGGACCACGGGACCCGCGAGAGUGCCGAGGAGUUCAACGCCAAGUGGAACGGCUCGGACUUGGAGGACGCGACCAUGAUCGAGUUGAUUAAGUUUCAAGCUGCCACACAACAACCUACGUGCCAGAUUAAGCUGGUACAGGACAAAUGGAUCGGGGCCCGCGAGGUUUGGUGCGGCACCCACGGCUUUCCUCUCCUACAAAAGAUCGCAACCACUGUGUUCACGCAACGUUUCGGUGCACAAGCUCGUCCACUCGCAAUUGCGCAACCGCCACAAAGAGGCAAGUGUCGCGAAGCUGGUGUUCAUCUUCUUUAA